GAACACAGGCGUUGAAGGUUGAAAAGUCUGUCACACAAUUUGCCAACAGGGAGAGAGCUGCAAUGAUUUCAGUUUCAUGCAAAAAUGCCUUCGUAUGGACAUCGCAGUAGUAACAUGAUGGGUCUUCUGGAAAUGUUGUAUUCCUCCCUAUCUACUAUAUAACCACCCACUAACUGUCCACCAAGAUCUAAAUAAGUUAAGGUCAUGAGUGGAAUAGUCCAACUGAUCACUGUAGGUGCAGCCACCCCCUACAUCCUGCGGGUGGACUGGGCCGUAGACCUGGGUGCUGGAUUCACAUUAGCUCUAACCGAUGGCAACUCGGCAUGGAUUGGAGAGGUUUCAGAAGAUGAAGUGACAAAAGAAGCCAACGACUUGGGAGCCGAAAGGGACAGAUAUGUUGAGGAUCUUCUUCAAGCGCUAACAGGAGGCGCAGGAGGUAGAGGAGGAGGAAGGAGAGAAGGCGACAAGCCUGUGUAUUCUUUCCACGUCAAAACAGAUCACUGUCAUCUCUCGUACCAGAAGAUCUGUGAUGACAUCUCGGUUCAUUUGGGUUCAGUAGAGCUCCAGCCAGCUCCAGACCCUCUGGAGCUGAAGCGGGAGAUGAUUGGCCAGUCUCUAAAGUACAGUACAGAUCUACAGUCCAAAAACUGCCAGUUGUUGGAGGAGAACCGUAGACUGAAACAGGAGCACCAGAGAAUACUCAGAGAGCUGGGGCAGAAUGUGGAGGAAAAGGAGAUGCUGGAGGGGAAGCUUUACUCACGUUUUGUCAUGGUGCUGAACGAGAAGAAGGCCAAGAUCAGAGGUCUGCAGGAGGCUCGCCGCCAUCUCCAACCAACUGAAGACCAGCAGGCAGAUGGGGAGGGUAUACAGAGUCACAAUGACACAACUUACAGCGAAGACGACAGUCUCGACAGAAAGGAGGACACGGUUCAGAUGAUCCAUCCAUCUCAGGAGCAAACUCUUCUCAUCACAGGUGGUGAUCUGGUGAGCCAGGGCAUCCCUGUGGACCGGACCUUUUCUGAUGAAGAAGAUGAACAACCGCGUCGGAAGAGAAGGUUGCUUCACACCCUGAGCCCAGAACCUUCUGAGCAAGAAUAAAGGCAGCUUUAGGUCCUGGGGUCAUCACAGUGUGUCUUCACACUGACGGUAAUGAACCUCUGGAGAUUUACUCUGGGUUUUUCUCUGACCAUUCUACCUUUGACUUCUCGGCCUUCCUGCUGUCUUUAUGAUAUUGAUGAAACCUAAACAUCAGCUGAAGACCACGGGUGGCCGCCUGGAUAAUCCAACAACACGCGCUUGCAGGUUUAGUAAUCCCCACAGGAAUGUCUCACUGUCUCCUCCAUACAUCCCAUCAAUAAGGCAUUUUGUGAACAGAAGCCCAGAUCAGUUUCUGAGGAUGAUUUACAGAUGAAUGCAUGAAAGUGUGUUCAAGGAUAAGACGAAGAUUAUGAAACUCUUCUAAUAUUUCACUGAGUAGUUUUAUUUAAAAUAUGAUAGCAUGCUGUAAUACUGUAUUAAGUGCAGAAUAGUCAAAACACUGGCCUAUUUUUUAAAUAACUAAUGAUAUAUUUUGCUUAUGAAAUACACAUGUACAUGUUUCUCCUUUCAAUCAGUUGAUUCAAAAAAUUUUUAAACAUUUUUUUUAAUUGUUGAAAUGUAUUUAAAUACGUGAAUAAGAAAUGUUUUAAUUGGGGAAAAAAUGAAAAGUUGUAAAUGUUUUGCAAUAUGUUAAUAAUUAAUAGAGCUCUGGAAAAAAAUUAAGAGACCACUCCAAAUGUAUGGCAGCCAUUCCACUGUCUGUUGAAUUCCAACACAGAGAGAAAUUGUCAGUAGUUUAUAGAAUACAAUAACAAUUAGUUAAACUCAAAGACAUACCUAUAAAUAACAAAACAAGAGAAAAUGAUGAUGCUGGUCUCUUAAUGUUUUCCUCGGCUGUAUAUCUAGAGACAAGGCAUUUUAAUUUGGACUUGACUUCAACAAACAUUCAAAUACCUUUUCUAUAUUUUCUUAAACAUUACGCCACUGAGACGAACAACAUACAUUAUUAAACUUAAACCAGCAUGGCUUUUACAUUAGGUCAGUAUACACCAGCGGGGGCUAUACAGCAGCCCACGCAGCUGAAAGGGUCAACGCUGUUUGAGAGGGAGCGAUGAACGGUGCGCCAGUAUGAAAUUAAACGUUCAGUCACUUGCUUAUCAUCGUCAUUCACUUACUACGUGCACCUGUAUGAUUCCCAUCAUCCAGGGAAAUGACAGGAAUCGUCCUGCUUUCCCGCCGCAGAGCUGCAGUGAGACAGAGCGGUCUUUGUCUCAUGGCUGCCCUCAUUGCUCACUGUUACUCUGUAAUGUCUGAAGGAACUUCACAUCACACAAGCAGUUUUGAAUACUGAAGAUGAGGACUCAUUUGAAAAGAUAUUAAGAAAUACUCUUUUAUGAGUAACUGUUUACACGUUGGACCAUGUGUUGAAUGCUUCCACUUUUCAUUAUUGCUGUAGCCCACAUUUUCUCAUUCAAUAAAAUUAUCACUGCAAUGACCACA